GCUGCGGCGGGCGGCAUGGGAUAACGCGGCCAUGGUGCGCCGGGAUCGCCUCCGCAGGAUGAGGGAGUGGUGGGUCCAGGUGGGGCUGUUGGCCGUGCCCCUCCUGGCCGCCUACCUGCACAUCCCGCCCCCUCAGCUGUCCCCUGCUCUUCACUCAUGGAAGUCUUCUGGCAAGUUCUUCACCUACAAGGGGCUGCGCAUCUUCUACCAGGACUCGGUGGGUGUGGUUGGCAGCCCGGAGAUAGUCGUGCUUCUACAUGGCUUUCCGACAUCCAGCUACGACUGGUACAAGAUCUGGGAAGGUCUGACCCUGCGGUUCCACCGCGUGAUUGCUUUGGAUUUCCUAGGCUUUGGCUUCAGUGACAAACCGAGACCGCACCACUACUCCAUAUUUGAGCAGGCCAGCAUCGUGGAGUCACUCCUGCGGCAUCUGGGGCUGCAGAACCGCAGGGUCAACCUUCUGUCUCAUGAUUAUGGGGACAUCGUGGCUCAGGAACUGCUCUACAGGUACAAGCAGAAUCGAUCCGGUCGGCUUACCAUAAAGAGUCUCUGCCUGUCAAAUGGAGGUAUAUUUCCCGAGACGCACCGGCCUCUCCUCCUUCAAAAGCUGCUCAAAGACGGAGGUGUGCUGUCGCCCAUCCUCACGCGGCUCAUGAAUUUCUUCGUAUUCUCUCGAGGUCUCACCCCCGUCUUCGGGCCCUACACGAGACCCUCGGAAAGUGAGCUGUGGGACAUGUGGGCAGGGGUCCGCAACAACGACGGGAACCUAGUUAUCGACAGUCUCUUACAGUACAUCAACCAGAGGAAGAAGUUUAGAAGACGCUGGGUGGGAGCGCUUGCCUCUGUAACUAUUCCCAUUCACUUUAUCUAUGGGCCACUGGAUCCUAUAAAUCCCUAUCCAGAGUUUUUGGAACUGUACAGGAAAACGCUGCCGAGGUCCACAGUGUCGAUUCUGGAUGACCACAUUAGCCACUACCCACAGCUAGAGGACCCCAUGGGCUUCCUGAAUGCAUACAUGGGCUUCAUCAACUCCUUCUGAGCUGGAAAGAGUAGCCUCCCUGUAGUACCUCCCUGUGUCCUUCUCUGUGUGCAUUCCACUUAGGAGGAGAUGCCCCAAAGAGGUCCUGGCCACCCACUAUCCCCUCACAGGAGUCCCUUCCCUCACACUGGUGGGCAGUGUGCAGGAAGAGGCCAGCAGAGGCGCCGAGCUGACGUAACACCGUCUCCCGUCCCUCUGACGGCAUCUGGCCGUGUCUGACUGCCGCUGUCUGUGCGUUCUUGGGAAAUUCUGGCGGCACUACCAGUGACGCGUAGGGCACACAUCCUUCUGCACAGGAGACACUUGUGGGCAUCUGCUGAAGAGCCAGAAGUGCUCUCCUCUCGCCCAGUCCGAGUCCUCUAGGAAAGGAUGGGGAGGGGCCUGCGUACGUCCUCUGGGAUGCCUUUAAGGACACGUGCUUUUUCACGGUUUUCUGUCCCCCUUGUUGUAACGUUAGAUUUAGUUUCAUCAGCUACUUCUACUUAUAGACAUUUAGUUGACGUGGGUGUUGGUUUACGUAACACAGUACUCUCGGUGUGCUUCAGGACUGACUGACCUGUCCCUGAGCCAGUCAACCAGCAGACCCUCCCCCUGCCAGAGUCAUGAGCCUUCUGAAACACGCUCAGUGUUUGGGCACCCAAACGAUUUACAGAAUGUCUGAAAAUCGCAGGACACUAAGGACCAAGUCCAUCUGUGGCAGAGAUGUGUGCCGUUAUUAGCUGGGAAGACCACUCUGACAGCACACAACAGUCCGCCUCCCCAGAGCUCAGUGCCUGGAAGCAUGGCCCUCCUGAGCCACAGCGGAGGGGAGGGGCUGGUGUGCAGUCCGAGUGACCCUGUGGAGCGUGCACUGAGUCUUAGGAUGACUGCUUAACUUCCCAGUGGCUGUCCCACAGUGGCUUCCUCACACAGCUCAGCAGUGCCGGGAGCUCUCGGCAAUGCCCGAGAGUUCCAGGAACUUUAGAACAAAUUCUGAAAGACCUGUGAGCAAAUGGUGCUGAAUACUUUUUUUUUUUUUUUAAAGCCACAGUUUCAUUGUCUAAGUCAAAGCAAGAUUAUUAAGUGAUUAUUUU